AAAUAUGUCAAAGAACGAGAUCAUUCAGAGAUUACAGAUACCAUGUCUGAAGACGUUGAAAGACUCUAUAAAAAACGGCUAACCGAGGGCCGGAAUUUACCAGAAGACACAGUAUGGCCGGUCAUUUGGGAUUUCGCAGGUCAAGAUAUCUAUCACGCUAUUCAUCCCAUUUUCAUGUCUCCAGACGAUAUUUAUCUGCUUGCCUUUGACCUAACUAAAGAACUCCAUGACCAAGCAGUUUGCCAAGUGAAUAUGCAUGGUCAUAAGGAGGAAACUGUUGAACAGCGUAACACUAAGGACACAAAUCUUGAUCACGUGAUGAGGUGGAUGAACCUGAUACACGCAUUAAAGAACUCUAAUGGCAAUAAAAGGUCACCUUCUGAUGACUUGCUUCCUCCCUCGCUUCCCCCUGUUUUUCUCGUGGGUACUCGCGCUGAUCUUGUAGAUCCAAGUAAAAGUAACGAAUUUAAACAGAAAUUCAUAGGAGUGAUGAACUCAUUGUAUGACCACGUUGUUGACGUUCUGGCUAUUGACAACACAAAAUCUGGCGAACAAGAGGGCCAAGAGAAAAUUCUUGCUCUAAGGGAAAAGUUACUGAAAGUAGCCGAAAAUAUGCCCCACAUCAAGGACCCGAUACCUUUGCAGUGGCAUCGUGUAGAAAAAGAACUUAGCCAGACUGUCUGGCAAGAAAAGAAGUAUAUCAAAAAGGAAACCUUCCGACAAAUUGCCUCGCCGUUCUGUAUCUUUCAAAACGAAGACGACGUUGACGCACUUUUAUAUUUCCUGCAUGCCCGUGGCUCUGUAGUUUACGAAGGUGGUAUUGUCUUCCUAGACCCUCCAUGGUUAAUCAGUUUGCUUACAAAGAUUAUCAGCGUUAACCCUUUGGGUGAGGAGGCAUCGGCCUACUCGCGUUAUCGCAAAAACCUUCAAGAAAAGGGGAUUCUUGACAGGGAAUUGCUUGAUUUUGGUUUCAGAAAACUGGAACUAGGGGAUCUUAAAGACACCUUCAUUUCCUUAAUGGAAAAGUUCAAUUUAAUUUGCAAGUGGCCAUCAGGAGACCCCAACGAGCCGCUAAUCCUUGUCCCGUGCAUGCUUACAUCAAAAGACGAAGAGGAAAAUAGCGGAGACGAGAUGACAAGUGCCUGCUGUGCUCCAUUGUACCUCACUUUUGAGGGAAGGAAUUAUGUACCAGUUGGGCUGUUUUGUCGACUUGUUGUGCUUUUUGGAAAACAGCUCUCAGUGAACCCUAAAGAGGAGCAUACAUACAGCCUGGACGCCGGUGAAGCCCAGUUUAGUCUUAAAGGGGACCAUUUCAUUAGUUUAGUGUGCUACAAGAGGGUGAUUGAGUUGUGCAUUUCGACGGUUGACGACGUAUCUCCACCAAAACACUGUGCAGACGUUCUGAGGUAG